AUGACCUCAUACUCCGAUCUGUCUCAGAGGAUUUCGGUAUGUUCAGACGCCAUUCGGUUCGUCCGAGGAAAGGAUGAGCACGCCUCGUCUUACCAAGAAGUCAUCAAACUCCUCCCUCCUGUCGAGUCUACGAAGCAUAGAAACAUCAAUCUUAUCAAAGCUUCUCUGGAGUACCUAAAGAAGAGUAUUGACGACGGCGACAACGCGGGCCGCAAGGUGAGCAUCGCGCUGUACGUGGCGAUCUACAUCGGGUACGAUGACGAGAAGGAUGGCCUGGCGAACGAAUUUUGCAAGCGCUUUCGGGGCCUCGAAAACUACGAUGUCAAAGUCAUGAUGAAGAUCUUCAGCCUGUCUCUUUGUACCGGAAGGACCGUUGUGCUCUUGGACAACGCCAUGCUUCCGAAGAAGAGAAACAUCAAGGCGGACAUCGAUCACGAGCUUCGGGUGGAGUUCAUCCUUCUCUACAUGUACGUCUUAAAAAGCCUUGUGCGUCGCGGCGAGCCUCUGACCGAUCUCGGAUACCUUGCGGGCGUGACAGUGGCGAACAUGGAGGCUGCUUGGCUUAUUUCCGGAGAACAUGUUUCAUCCAUCGCCAACAAGUUCUGGCCAUGCUUCAACAUCGAGGCGCUGAAGAAACCUCGGGUGAAAAACAAUCUGUUCCCAUCCGACGGCAAACUUCCGCGCGUGGUGAUCGGACGUGAACACAUCGACUUCGACCAGGCUACAACGGACACGCUGAAAGGCGCUCUCUUGGACAGGCCGGAGAAGGACGAGUUCCUUCAGGUCAUGUGCGCCAUUGUCUCCCUCGCAGCGUGUGGGCCAGUGAAGACCUAUCUCGCCCUUGAACUGGAGCCCGUGAAAGCAUUUUUCAUGGAUACUAUCCUCCACAAGACUCAGGUGGACCAGGUGCUGGAAGCGGUGCCCGAGAUUGCGAACACUACGUUUUUCAUCAGAAAGUUGGGUAAAUACAAGGCCAAAGUCUCGGCUUUGACGCAGAAAAUUUCUUCUAUGAAGGAGACUGAAGAAUCGGCCAGGCAAAAGUUCCUGGCAUCUCUCAAGAGCAACUCGUCUCAGCAGGAAGAGUUGGAGGAGAACGAACGCGAACUUAAGCGCCUGAGGGAAUCCGUGGAUAUGUACAAGUACGAUCAGUCGUUUUGUAAGCAGUAUCACGUGAUGAAGAAGGAAGAGGAAGAGCACGAGAACGAGGAAGAGGAGGAAGAAGAAUCCAGCGAAGAGGAAUACGAAAAGGAGAAGGAAGAAUCGGAGGAGAAGAAGGAACAAUCCGAGAAGCAAGAAGCAUCGGAAGAGGAGGAGGAGGAGGAGAAGAAGGAGGAAGAGGAAGAGGAGGAGGAGGAAGAGGAGGACCCACACAAGAACUUGAACGUUCACAAGAACCUUCACGUGCACAGGAACUUUCACGUGCACGAGGACCUUCACGUAUUCGGCAACGCACACGAGCAUGUGGGCCACAUGGAUGAUGUGGACGGCUUUCCUUCAGCACGGGCUGGAGUCACCCGACAACUUCUCGCCAAAGUUCGCGAGAUACAUGUGGUCGAUCAGCAUCGACCAAGAAUACUUGGAUGCGUACAACGACAUUGCCACGCCAAUAACAAAACAACGUUCGAUUCCGUGUCCCAAUUGGCGGAGCACGUCCUCCACACCAACUGCUGGAUCAACACUGUGACGUUCGGUGCUUUUCUCAAGUCUCUCCACUGUUCCAUCGCCGUGGUCGUCAUCGACCAUGAAAUCAAAGAACGGCUGUGUGUUCCGGAUGAACUCACCCACAACAAGGAAUUUUACAUCUGUUUGUGGCUUGAAGACGACCACUUCCAGCCAAUCCAACUCGUGCACAAAGGCCAAGACAUGGCCCUAUGCGCCUCAAGAGCUUCCAUACUCACUUUCAUGAACGACUGUUACCCUCAGCACCUCAAAACAAUUUAG